AUGGUAGAGCGAAUCGAAUCGAAACAGAACAGAACACACAGCAAAUACAACCAUCAACAACGAGAACGAGAACGAAAACGAGUACAAGAACAAGAAGAAGAAGAACAACAGGAGCACAAACCGAAGGAGCAAGAGCAUAUUCGCGCACCACCCCUCCCAUCAUUCAGCAGCAGCAGCAGCAGUAGCAGCAUCAAUUCAUCUCCUAUAUACACGCGAACAGAGUCCUUUCUCUACUACUUUCGUCGGUGUAUCGAUCCGUACACAUCACCACCAUCAUCAUCACCAUCCUCGUCAUCGUCGUCAGCAGGACUUUACUUCUUCUCCCACCACAGUCGACAAGGUAGUAGCAGUAGCAGUAGUAGCAGCAGCAGCUCUAGCAGCACAGCACAGAACAAGCAGAAGCAGCAUCACCAGCAUCAGCAUCGAAAAGGAGGUUCGGGUCGCAGGCGGGGGCACAAAAAAGUUGCUAUAUUCAAAAAGGACAUCAUCGCACUUCCAGGCAGCUGUGCCUUGGUGAGGCCAUAA